GGGGUGGGUGGGCGAGCCAAUCGGUUUGUGUUGCAUAGAUACGGUCGCAGUCUUGAGGUUAAACAUCAGUUUAUCGUCAAACAAAACAUUCCAUGAAAACGAGAAGAGGCCUUGAUCGGUCCCUGCAGCUAGAGACGGAAGGAGUCUCGUCAACGUCAGAAGUUAGCUUCAGUUGACUGCUGACAGUCCUCGAAAAUUCUGUUUCCUAUUUUCCCACCCAGCCAUGGCAGAGGCUCACCAGGCGGUGGCGUUCCAGUUCACGGUGACCCCCGAGGGCAUCGACCUGCAGCUGUCCCACCAGGCCUUCACCCAGAUCUACCUGUCAGGCCUGCGCUCCUGGAAGAAGAGGCUCAUACGCAUCAAGAACAGUGUGAUCACGGGCGUGUACCCCGCCAGCCCUUCCUCCUGGCUGUUUGUGGUCAUCGCCAUCCUGGCCACCAUGUACACACGCUCUGACCCCUCUAUGGGCCUCAUCGCCAAGAUACAGGAGCACCUGCCUGCCAGCAGCCAGUCUCUGAGCAGUCAGAGUCAGGUGGUGCUGGCUGCAGUGGUGUUCAGCACCCUGCUGUGGCUGGCUCUCAUCUUCACCAUGAGGCUCUGCCUCAAGCAGCUGCUCUCCUACCACCGCUGGAUGUUUGAGCAGCACGGGAACAUGUCCAUCACCACCAAAGUCUGGCUGGCUCUGGUGCGCAUGUUCUCAGGCAGACAGCCCCUGCUGUACAGCUACCAGGGCUCCCUGCCCAACCUGCCCCUGCCUGCCGUCAAGGACACCAUGAAGAGGUAUCUGGAAUCAGCUCGUCCUCUGAUGAACGACGAGCAGUUUGAGGGCAUAGUGUCUCUGGCAGCCCAGUUUGAGAGCAGUCUGGCCAACCGGCUGCAGUGGUACCUCAAACUGAAGACCUUGUGGGCGUCCAACUACGUGAGCGACUGGUGGGAGGAGUACAUCUACCUGAGGGGGCGGAGUCCCAUCAUGGUCAACAGCAACUACUACGGCAUGGACUUCCUGUUUGUGACCCCCACCCCUAUCCAGGCAGCCCGUGCGGGUAACACCCUCCACGCCAUCCUGCUGUACCACAGGAAGCUACACCGAGAAGACAUUAAGCCUAGUCGUAUUCCAGGCACGUUCAUUCCUCUCUGUGCUGCUCAGUGUGAGAGGAUGUUCAACACCACACGCACUCCUGGAGAGGAGACUGACACGGUGCAGCACUGGCAGGACAGUGACUAUGUGGUGGUGUACCACCGGGGGCGCUACUUCCGCUUGUGGAUGUACAGCGCCGGGCGGCUGCUCUCACCGCGGGAGGUGGAGUCACAGGUGCAGCGUAUCCUUGACGACCCCUCGGCCCCCUCGCCCGGCGAGGACAAGCUGGGAGCUCUGACUGCCGGGGACAGAAUCCCCUGGGCCAAAGCCAGGAAGCAGUUCUUCAGCUCAGGGGUGAACAAGCGCUCACUGGACUGCAUCGAGAAGGCGGCGUUCUUCGUCACGCUGGACGACGAGGAGCAAGGCAUGAUGGGAGAAGACCCGGGCGCCAGUCUGGACCGCUACGCCAAGUCUCUCCUCCAUGGGAAGUGUUACGACAGGUGGUUUGACAAGUCGUUCUCCGUGGUGAUCUACAAGAACGGGAAGAACGGGCUGAACGCGGAGCACUCCUGGGCCGACGCCCCCGUGGUGGCUCACCUGUGGGAGUAUGCGCUGGCCACAGACAGUUUCCAGCUGGGCUACAACGAGGAGGGCCACUGCAAAGGAGAAGUGAACCAGUCUAUACCCCCUCCCCAGAGACUCACCUGGGACAUCUCCACACAGUGCCAGGAGCAGGUGAGCAGGUCUCUGGAGGUUGCGCAGGCUCUGGCUGAUGACGUGGACUUCCACGUGUUCUCCUACCAGGAGUUUGGGAAGGGCAGGAUGAAGAAGUGCAGGAUCAGCCCUGACGCCUUCAUCCAACUGGCUCUGCAGCUGGCCUACUACAGGGAUCGGGGGAUGUUCUGUCUGACCUACGAGGCCUCCAUGACCCGUCUCUUCAGGGAGGGCCGCACAGAGACUGUGCGCUCCUGCUCCAGCGAGGGCUGUGCCUUCGUCAAGGCGCUGGAGGGAGGAGAGGGGGCGGAGGUGUGCAGGAGGCUGCUCCGUGCGGCAGCAGAGAAGCACCAGAACCUGUACCGCCUGGCCAUGACGGGCGCUGGCAUCGACCGCCACCUCUUCUGCCUCUAUGUGGUGUCAAAGUACCUGGGGGUGGACUCUCCCUUCCUUAACCAGGUGCUAUCAGAGCCGUGGCGUCUGUCCACCAGCCAGACUCCCGUCCAGCAGGUGGAGCUGUUCGACAUGGUCAACCAUCCAGAGUACAUCUCCUGUGGAGGCGGCUUUGGCCCGGUGGCAGAUGAUGGCUACGGCGUGUCUUACAUCAUUGUGGGAGAGGGCAUGAUCAACUUCCACAUCUCCUGCAAGCACUCCUGCCCUCAAACUGACUCUCAUAAGUUUGGAGCUCAGAUCAAACGAGCCCUGAUGGACCUGCUGCAGCUGCUGUCCCCAGACCAAAGAGAACCUUCUAGAACUGGGAGGAGCCAGCAGAAAGCCAGGGAGGGGAGGAGCCAGCAGGAGGCCAGGGAGGGGAGGAGCCAGCAGGACAGUGAUUAG